UUCUUUUUUACACAUAUAUAUAUGUUCUUUGAAGCUUUCUCUUCAAUACCAACGAGACAUUCAACUCUAUCUUCGAACUCUCUCUUAUCUUAUCGUUUUAUUCUCUGACUAAUUUAUUGCUAUUUUAAUGGCUUCUUUCAAUUAUUUCUACUGUAUUUUUACUUUGUUUUUAUUGCAUGCACCAUUCUUAGUUACUUCCUCUAUUUUCAGGUACAAGCAGCUCAAUUCACUCAACAACACCGCCUCUAAGAACUCCACGAAGCCUCACCGGAAGUGGAUCGGCCCCGUUGGUCACCGAGUUAUAACCGUGGAUGUCGCUGGCUCUGGCGAGUUCCGGUCUGUCCAAGCUGCUGUUGAUUCGAUCCCGGAGAACAAUAAAGAAAAUGUGCUGAUAAUAAUUAAAGCAGGAUAUUACAUAGAGAAGGUGGUGGUGCCGGUGACAAAACCCUACGUAACCUUUGAAGGAGCAGGACGAGACGUGACCUUCAUCGAAUGGCAUGAUAGAGCAUGCGACCGCGGAGCCAACGGACAGCAACUUCGUACUUACAGAACUGCUUCUGUCACCGUUUAUGCCAGUUAUUUCUCUGCUCGAAACAUCAGCUUCAAGAAUACAGCACCAGCACCAAUGCCGGGGAUGCAAGGGUGGCAAGCGGCGGCGUUUCGGAUAUCAGGAGACAAAGCUUACUUCUCAGGAUGUGGAUUCUACGGCGCACAAGACACUCUUUGUGACGAUGCCGGCAGACAUUACUUCAAGGAGUGUUACAUUGAGGGCUCCAUCGACUUCAUUUUUGGAAACGGUCGUUCUAUGUAUAAAGACUGCGAGCUGCACUCAAUAGCAACCAGAUUUGGAUCGAUAGCAGCACAAGAUAGAAGUUCUCCAGAUGAGAAAACUGGAUUUUCUUUUCUGGGGUGUAAGGUAACAGGCACCGGACCAUUGUACGUCGGCCGAGCUAUGGGUCAAUACUCGAGGAUCGUCUAUGCCUACACAUACUUCGACGACUUGGUUGCACACGGCGGCUGGGAUGACUGGGACCACGGCAGCAACAAAAAUAAGACUGCAUUCUUUGGAGUGUACAAAUGCUGGGGGCCUGGAGCGGCUAAAGUGAGAGGCGUUUCAUGGGCGAGAGAACUUGAUUUUGAAUCAGCUCACAAGUUCUUAGCUAAGAGCUUCGUUAAUGGCAGACAUUGGAUUGCACCUUCUGAUGCUUAGCAAAUAGCAGCACACCAACUUUUACAGUCGUCUUCCUUUCUGGAAAUUCAUUCAUUUAUUCAUUCAAUUGAACUAUCAGUUAUUUGUUUUCAAUCCCAACUAAUAUUCAAGGAUUUGUAUACUUAGAUUUGCUUCAUAUCUGUAAAGAUAUCAAACUAAAUUUAUCUGUUUAAUUCAAUUAUUC